UUAAAUAUAAUCUUUUCUAUAUAACCUGUGUAUAGAUUAAUUUGUCUCGCAAAGGCUUAGAUUCCUGGGGUUUUAAUAGUACUCUUGUCGUUUAGAAAAUUCUUGGCAAUGUGGUGCAAUCCAAUUUUCGUACUGUUGUUUGAAUGUUCAUAUCUUCUGAGUUUCGCUGCUACAAGUCAAGACGUGGGGAGUGGCUACUUACUUUCAUUGGAACAUUCCUUUGGAGAUACAUUCACCAAAAGAGGUGACAUCUAUUUUCCAAAUGUAAAAGGUGAAAACGCCGUAGUUCAAAAUGAAAUCGCAUUAAGCAUGGAAGAAAUUAAGGAACUGGAAAAGCUUGCAAUUAAUGAUGAUUUUUAUCGAGUACGGGUGUCAACCAAAGUGCUUGGCGCGGCACCCAGCAGUGAAGACUCCUAUGUUGUGGGCAUAAUGCCUGCAAAACAACUAUUGGAAGCUAACUUAUCAACAAAAAUAGACAUUCUAACAGAUGGUAUUGGAAACAUUAUCUCUAUCGGUAUAACCCCAUCUAGCUUUGGGAUUAUGCAAGUGGAAGAAAAUGAGUUUGAUUCAUCAGUGACUGUUUCAAUGCCCACAACUGCCACCGUGCCAGACACAUAUGGAUACCUGAACAAAAUGGAAAUGGAGCGAAGGAAAAAGGAGAUUGCCGACAAACAACCAACCUCGUUCUUUGGAAAAUAUUGGAUGUACAUUCUGCCUGUGGUGGUGUUUGUUAUGAUGUCAAACGCAGCUCAGCAGCAGUAAUGAUCUGUCAUUCAAACUACAAUAGAAGUCUUUUCAGCAGGAGCAGCUGGGAUCAGAAAAAUUAAAUAAACUCAUAUUUUAUUGUGAGAUACAUGGUCACUGGGCAAUUUGUUGUCAAAACACAUCAACCAAAUUCGAAAACAUGUAUUGAUAAUAAAUUGCGUCUUUUAUAAUUAAUGAACAAAAUUGUACCAAAUAUUUAUGUCCAAAAAUACAGUGCUUUUGUUGUUUU